AGGAAGUACUUGAAUUUCCUUCAGAGUGACAACAAGAUAGACGGGCAGAUUGCUUUGAGUCUCCGUGAGUAGUGAUGGAGGGGAUGGUACCAUGCCUUCUCCUAUAUUAGGAGAAAUCAGGAUAACACGGGAUCAUUGAGCACCUCUACAAAAAGGAUCUGUAUCUAUAUCAAGAUGCUCUGAAGAAUAGCAACUAUCCUCAGGAACAUCUAGCGCUACAAAAUGACUAAAACUAAUUCUACCAUCUUCCAUUUUGUCAUCAUCUUCAUGUUAAUACUUGAGAUCAAAAUCCAGUUAUCCGAGGAAAGUGAAUUUUUAGUUGACAGAUCAAAGGGAGGUCUCACCCAUGUUCCUAAAGACUUAUCCUUGAAAACAACAAUCUUAGAUCUAUCACAAAAUGAUAUAUCUGAGCUUCAGGCUUCUGACAUCCUAUUACUAUCCAAGCUGAGGGUCUUGAGAAUUUCUCAUAAUAGAAUCCAGUAUCUUGACAUGAGCGUUUUCAAAUUUAACCAGGAACUGGAGUAUUUGGAUUUGUCCCACAACGAGUUGGAGAAGAUUUCUUGCCACCAUACUGUGAACCUCAAGCACUUAGACCUCUCAUUUAAUGCAUUUGAUGCCCUGCCCAUUUGCAAAGAGUUUGGCAACAUGUCUCAACUAGAAUUUCUGGGUUUGAGUGCCACACAGCUACAAAAGUCUAGUGUGCUACCAAUUGCUCAUUUGCAUAUCAAUAAGGUUUUACUAGUCUUAGGAGACCUUUAUGGGGAAAAAGAAGACCCCGAGAGCCUUCAAGACCUUAACACAGAGAGUCUGCACAUUGUUUUCCCCGCAGGAAAGGAAUCCCACUUUGCUUUGGAUGUGUCAGUCAGCACGGCAGUAAGUCUGGAACUGUCUAAUAUCAAAUGUGUGCUAGAUGAUAAUGGACAUUCUUAUUUCCUAAGUGUUCUGUCAAAACUUCAAAAUAAUUCAAGGAUAUCAAAUCUUACUUUAAACAACAUUGAAACAACCUGGCAUUCUUUCAUUACAAUGUUCCAGUUGGUUUGGCAUACAAGCAUAGAGUAUUUCUCAAUUUCAAAUGUGAAACUACAAGGUCGCCUUCAGGUCAGAGAUUUUGAUUAUUCUGACACCUCACUGAAGGCCUUGUCUAUACACCAAGUUGUCAGUGAGAUGUUUAGUUUGCCACAGAGUUACAUCUAUAAAAUCUUUUCAAAUAUGAACAUCCAGAAUUUCACAGUGUCUGGUACACAUAUGGUCCACAUGGUUUGCCCAUCCCAAAUGAGCCCAUUUCUGCAUUUGGAUUUUUCCAAUAAUCUCUUAACAGACAUGGUUUUUAACAAUUGUGGAACCUUGACUAGGUUGGAGACACUUAGUUUACAAAUGAAUCAAUUAAAAAAAUUUGCAAAUAUAGUUCAUAUGACCAAGGAGAUGAAGUCUCUACAACAAUUAGACAUUAGCCAGAAUUCUCUAAGCUAUGAUGAAAAUGAAGAAUAUUGCUCUUGGACUAUAAGUUUAUUAAGUUUAAAUAUGUCUUCAAAUAUACUCACUGACUCUGUUUUCAGAUGUUUACCUCCCAGGCUCAGGGUUCUUGAUCUUCACAGUAAUAGAAUAACAAGUAUCCCUGAAAAUCUCAUUCAUCUGGAAGCUUUACAAGAACUCAAUGUUGCUUCCAAUUCUUUAGCCCACCUUCCUGGAUGUGAUUCCUUCAGCAGCCUCUCUGUACUGAUCAUUGACUAUAAUUCAAUUUCCCACCCAUCAGCUCAUUUCUUCCAGAGCUGCCAGAAGAUUAGGUCCAUAAAUGCAGGAAACAAUCCAUUCCAAUGUACAUGUGAGCUCAGAGAAUUUAUCCGAAGUAUAGGCCAAGUUUCCAGUGAAGUGGUAGAGGGUUGGCCUGACUCUUAUAAGUGUGACUAUCCAGAAAGCUAUAAGGGAACCCUACUAAAGGACUUUCAUGUGUCUCCAUUAUCCUGCAACACAGCUCUGCUGAUUGCCACCAUUGGGGUCACUGGGCUGGUGUUGGCUGUCGCCGUGACUGUCCUCUGUGUCUAUUUCGAUCUGCCCUGGUAUCUCAGGAUGGUGUGUCAGUGGACCCAGACCCGACACAGGGCCAGGAACACACCUUUACACAAACUCCAAAGAACUCUUCAGUUCCAUGCCUUUAUUUCAUAUAGUGGACACGAUUCUGCCUGGGUGAAGAAUGAAUUACUACCAAACCUAGAAAAAGAAGAUAUACGGAUUUGUCUGCAUGAGAGAAACUUUGUUCCUGGCAAGAGCAUUGUGGAAAAUAUCAUAAACUGCAUUGAGAAAAGUUACAAGUCCAUCUUUGUUUUGUCUCCCAACUUUGUUCAGAGCGAGUGGUGCCAUUAUGAACUCUACUUUGCCCACCACAAUCUCUUUCAUGAAGGAUCUAAUAACUUAAUCCUGAUCUUGCUGGAAUCCAUUCCAAUGUAUUCUAUUCCUAGCAGCUAUCACAAACUCAAAACUCUCAUGGCACAGCGAACUUACUUGGAAUGGCCGAAGGAGAAGAGCAAACAUGGACUUUUUUGGGCGAACCUAAGAGCAUCCAUUCGAAUUAAGUUGAUGUACCAAGCAAAAGAAAUAGAUCACACAUACAUCUAAAUAUGUUCCCCCUUUCACUUGCUGCUUUUGGAAGUUCCAACAAUGCCUUUAUUUUGCAUCAACACAAACCUAAACAUAAUUUUGAAUUUAUAAAAUAAACAAAAAUGUGUACUUUCAGGCCCCUGUUCACCAUUUAUUCAUGGUAAUAAAAAUGAAUGAAAUGAUAUAAUUUUGAUAUAAAGUCAAUUUCUAACAUA